AGCACUCCAGUUUCCUACAUGACUUGAAUGCAGCUUUCUUUAGCGCUGCGGUAACAAUGGCUACUGUCUGUCAGAUUUGGAGACCGGACAGAGGACGGUGCCUUAAAAGCUACGGAAUUAUCGCCGUUUUGUUUAUGGACCUCAUGUUACAGUGUGUUAACGGUUCCCUGAGCACAACUAAUGUUGAGACCCACUACACAAGAGAUGGACCUUUGAUCACUAGCCCGGUGGUCCCCGCUGCAGCCUCAGUGUUUCCUGCAGAUGAAGACACAUCCAAAUGUCCUAGUGGGGGUUUGUGUCACCGCCUGCCAGCUGAUUGCAUUCAAUGCGAUUACCAUCUCAAGUGCACGUAUGGCAAACCAACUUUAUUUACCUGUAGACCCAAAAAAGGCGUUCACUGCAUAGGAGAGUCUGGACAGCAGCAAACCAAUUUUUCUCUCAAUAUCACCUGUCAGUUCUGUUGGCAGCUGGACCCUUCCCAGUAUCGCUGCACAAACUCCACCAACUGUAUGACAGUCUCUUGCCCACGCAAGCGCUACAAUGCCACCUGUGAUGUCUUAGAUCAUGUACAUUGCUUAGGUAGAAGACGUUUUCUGAAACGUUUAUUUUGUAACUGGACCGGUGGAUACAAAUGGUCAACAGCGUUAGCACUCAGCAUUACACUUGGUGGUUUUGGAGCAGACCGGUUUUACCUGGGCCAGUGGAGAGAGGGUCUGGGCAAACUGUUCAGCUUUGGAGGCCUAGGCAUUUGGACUUUGAUUGACGUCCUUCUAAUAGGGGUUGGUUAUGUAGGACCCGCUGACGGUUCUCUCUAUAUCUGAAGCAAAGCCCUGGGGACAUGGCUGGCUUUGCUCUUCACACUGCUUCACUCUCAAAAGACUGAAGAUCUGAGAUGCUGUGUUCUUAGCACGUUUGGCUGGCUAAGCUCGCUGUGCAACACGUCUUCAUCCCAUCUGCUAACAGGCAGGAAGUGUUUUCCUCAUCACACCAAUGAUGAUUCUACCCACACAACCAUCAGAUCGAUCCCAAUCAUUCUGCGUCCAUGUCCUGUUGAGAUUGCGCAGAUGGUACUGUGCAGGGGUAUAAGGAGCCAGUAAUUACCUCUGUCCAGUUUCCUUGACUUAACUAGUGGUUAGGCUCUGUCUUGCUGAUAGGUAGCUGUGGUUUCCUGCGGCACAACGCUUUUGCGUUGGAGUUGUGCAUUGCUUCUCUCUUGUUGCAAGUUAAAUGCUUCAAUAGGGGUCAAAUGGUAACCAUGGCCAUGCAGAAUUUUAUGGUGUCACCACACAAAGGACAAAUUGAAAGGUGAUAUUUAUAUCCUGAUAGCAUGAAUGUGCAGAAGGGAUUUAAGGUGUUUUUUAUUGAUUGUCAUUUCAGUGGACAACCUGAACAGUUAUUUCAGCAUGUACUUUAUUUCUUCCCCUACAUUCAUUCAGCAGUGCAGGUCACAACUGUAAGAACACUCUCCAAACAGGGGUACAUUUUAUUUUCUAAAAGUUAAUAUGUUUAAUAAAUGAAAGCUACUAUAGUCUCACAACAGCAUUGCGUAGUAAACCAAAAGGAAGUAGUGUAACUGUCUCUUCCUGCAGCAUGUAGUUGGAUUUCAGUUGCAGAACAGAUAACAGUCGGUGUAUGAUUGUGUUUGUGAUAAAUAUUGAAACACUUGAAAUGUGCUGCAAUAGCAAACUCGGCUCCUUGUGAUUUCCGUGUUGGAGAUAUCCUCUGCAUUUAAGUGGCAAUUUUCUGUGAAAUCGUCAUCAUCCUUUACAGAAGUCUGUGUACUAACACUGUAAAAUCUUUUAAUUCACCCACAUUAUGUAAAUAUGUUUUAUGUGUCAAUUUAAGUUGCUUUUUUUCCUCUGUAAGGGCACUGUAAAUUUUGUUUUUUAGGUAAGAAAAUAAAAUUGAAAUAUUUGUUUAUCAAAUGUACACAGCACUGCUAACCAA